GAAGAACCACUAAGGUUAUCAUGUCAGCGGGGCCGCGGGUUCGUCAUGCCGCAGCGGCCAAUGAGACGAUUGUGGUGCGCAUCUGGCGCUGGGUAAAGAUAACGAUCUGGCACGUGUUCUACGGACAGAAUGAGUGGCAGCGUUUGUGCAGCCCGACGGGAGCUGGGGUGGAUGAGGAAGAACGCAUCGUGCGCUUUCGCACAGAAAUGGCGCUGUCAACGCAGAUGGUGCAAACGUGCAAUGUGGUGUUUGAUAACGAGCCGUUCCCGAUGGAUGCAACGCUGCAUGACGUGGCAACGAGAGCCAAGCUGGAUGAGCGAGACGCAACAUUGAUGGUAAACGUACGCUCGUGUCUCCAGCGCUGCAACUUUGUGAACAAGGUGUAUGCCCGCGUGUGCGCGCUAAAGAACCAAGCGUACAGCUCCUUGGAGCCCGAACACGAGGAGAUGUUGGAGCAGUUGUGGGCGAAUUUGAAGCCUGAUACUCGUCGUGAAGGUGGACGUAUCACCAAGGAGUGGGGGGAGAUUGGCUUCCAAGGAACGGAUCCGAUGUCAGACUUCCGCGGCAUGGGUCUUUUUUCGCUGGUGCAGCUCAACCACUUCGCAAAAAGCUACAGAAUUGAAGCCCAGCAUGCAUUGGGGGAGUCGAAUCAUCCGACGCGCUGGUACCCAUUUGCAGUGACCGGCAUCAACAUCACGGCUUUUAUGAUCGAGUUGAUUGACGAGCGUCUGCUAGACGUCAAGCUGUACCGUCACGCUGCUAAUGGUGGAUAUGAUGCUGUGGACACUGGGCUCAAACAGCUCCACGAUAUAUACGUCAUGGGCACCGGUCGGUCGGGAUCAGGCAGGGCGCGCGCGCACGCCAAGAAGAAGCAAUACAAACGUGGGCAUGCCACCAAGAAUCGUUCUCGCGACAUCGACCAGAUCCAGGACGACCUGCGCGCGGAGAAGGUGACAGGCAAGUCCACGGCUUUCGAGGAGGACGAGGAUCUGCCAGGUCUGGGUCAGUUCUACUGCACGCCGUGCGGCCGCCAUUUCAUCGACGCCAAGACGCGGGAUGUGCACCUCAAGACUAAGGUACACAAGCGGAGAUUGAAGGACGUCGCGCAGAAGCAGUACACACAGAAUGAGGCCAUGCAGGGCGCUGGCAAAGGGGUUGAGACCUACAAACCGGCCCGCCCUAAGGAAAUCCACGACAUGGAUGACUUGUAG